GGGUUGGUGGUACUGAUAGGCCAUGACGUCAAGGCUGCCAUCUUUGUUGUUUACAACCGUUUGCAUUUGGCCCGUAGUGUGAGAGAGAGUAGAGUACUUGAACACCAUAGAGUAUAAAAAGAAUUAAAAGAGAGAGAGAAUUACUGACGUUUCCCGUACGGUUUUCGUACGAUUUCUCUAAGCGCUGUUGUCUAGGCUAGGACAUGUUAUUUUGCGUUUAAUGAACUGUAAUAGUCGUAAUCAUUCGUCGUGUUGUGGAGGAUUGUCCAUUUUAAUUGAUAUCGCAGUUCGUUCGUGUUGUGUCGUUACGUUUUAAUACACCCGCGUAAUGUGCAAGAUGGAAACGACAACAACGGCUACGACGACUACGGCUACAACGACCACAGUGUCAACGGACAUUCAUCACGACCGCCAUAUUUUAAAGCAACCGACCAAAGUGUUAUUGACGUUAAGCAAUGUUCUACUGCCCAAAGAGAAACUCACGUCCACCCCGUCGAUGAUCGACGGGUUAGAUUUCGAGACCGAAGUCGACCUAAGGAUCGUCGGAUGUGAAUGGAUCCAAACCGCUGGUAUACUACUUAAGUUGCCCCAGGUAAAUAUGCGUAAUCACUUAUCGAUUCUCCUUUGUUAUUGUUGUUGUUAGGUAUAUUUUGUUGUAAUUUUAUCGGCACAUAGGUACUCGGUUGUCACGAACUCACGUCUGUAAUUAUGACAUAUUAUAGUAUUGUUUUGUCGUCGUAUUUUAUUUCAGUGUAAUUAUUAUUUUUGUUAGUAUGGUGCGACGACGGGGUCAUUAUGAUAACCAUACAUUCCGCGACCAUACGAUUUCUCGGUUAUCGUGAUUUUUGGAAAAUUCUCAUUUUAUCGAAUCAGUUUUAUACUAUUAACAUGUAUCUAAAUUGUUAUGUAACAACUCAUUUCGCAAUUAUUUCACUUAUUAGAUAACUUCUUGUUAUUAAUUACUGGGUUAAUUACCUUGUUAAUUAGUUAUCGUCAUCAAUGUCGUACUAUAAUCUAUAGCUUAUAUUUUACAUACUGAUGUCGAGCUGACCUUUUAUUGUGAUAUAUUUAAAAUUCUUAUUAGAUUUUUAGUAAAUUUGGUAAGGCUUUAUUUUUACACUAAACUAAUUUAGAUCCUUACAGUGCCACUGUUCUUGGUGAAAAGUUGGAAAGAUAGAGGGGAAAUUUAAUGUAUAUCUUUACACAAAGAAUAAUCAUUGCUAUCGAAAAACAAUUUUGAGGGGAGUUUGUUUGUAGAUGUUUUGAAAGGUUAUAAUAUUUUUGGUUUGAAAAUUAUACUUAAAGUACAUUUUUCCGUUUUUCCCAUAUUUUUAGAAAAUUUUCUAGACAUUUUGAAAAGUAAUUUCUCUAGAGGACUACUCUAGUCAGAUUUCCUUACAGAAAAAGUGCUACAAUUAAAAAUCUGAGUAAAAUUUCGUGUAGAAAAGCUGUUCACAUAAAAAAAAAAUAAACAUUGUAAAACCAAUAAAAUUUUAAACCACAUUAAUAUUUUCUUUUAUUAUAGCACAUGAUAGUAACUACUUUAUCAUAUUAAAUAUAUAUUUAUUCAUAAUGUGCUAAAUAGCUAUAAACUAAAGAAUUAUAAAAUUGUUGAUGUUUUGGUUUUUGAGUCACAUGGCAAUUUCUGAAUACAAAUAUUGUAGUAGCCAUCCAUAUAUUUCUAAAAUAAACACCCAUUAUUUAUAGUAAAUCAUUCAUAUCUUGAUAAACUUGACUGGAAAAUAUUAUUUAUAAAGAAGUAGGCAUUAAAAUUUAACAUGUUUUGAUAGAUAUACUUAACUAAUGUUUUUAAACGAUUGUCAUACCUUGAUAUUAAUUCAGAAAAGUAAAAUAGGUAUAUCCUAGGAGGUUGGGUCACAGUUUUUUUCUGAUUGAUUUUGAAUGUUCAAAUUAAAUAGGUUUUUGAAGGUUUUGGCUUAUUGAAUAAAAUUAUUUUAUUUAUUUUGUACCAAAUAAAAGAUACAAUUUAAGUAAGUGCCUUUGGUAUAUAAGUAUUUAAUUUUAAUUUAAUUUUUAGGUUGCAAUGGCAACUGGGCAAGUUUUAUUUCAACGUUUUUACUAUACUAAAUCAUUUGUACGCCAUCCAAUGGAAAUAACAGCAAUGGCAUGUACAUGUCUAGCCUCUAAAGUUGAGGAAUCACCACGACGUAUUCGUGAUGUUAUCAAUGUUUUUCAUCAUAUCCGUCAAGUUUUAAAUCAAAAGUAAGUUGCGGUGAUUUUAUUAUUUAUAUUUUUAAAAAAUUUGAAAUUGUUUAAAUAUUUUUAAUCACAACUGACUAAUCUGUUGGGCUGUUUCUGAAAUUAAAAUAAACCUAUUUUUAUCUUAGACCUUGAUCUAUAUACAUCUAAUAUUGGAAUCCACCUAAUAUUAUUUCAAUUUAUUUAAAUUACUAAUGUUAUACUGGUAACUAAUUUUAUUUUUUUAACCAGAAAGUAAUUCUGUAGAUUUUAUGAACACAUUUUAUAUGUCUAUUCAAUAUAUCUAUAGAUAAAUAGUAGAUAAUUAAUUUUUUUAACUUAAGUUUAAGGUAAGUUAGUGUUGUCCAAUUUCAUAAAAAAAAAAACAUUUCCCUAUGUAUCCUAUAAGACUUAUUGUACUAUCUUAUUCAUGUAAAUAUUAUUAACAUUGAUAUAAACUUUUUUCAGUAUAAAAUUUAAGUAUUAAAAUGAACUGAUAUUAAUUAUUCAUUUGAAUAAGGUAGUUUUUUAAAAUAUACUUUUUUUUACUUCUAAAAUUUUCAACAUCUAAAUAAUAAAUCUACUUUUUAGCUUAAAAAAAUUUCUAUUUAAUUUUACAUAUGACUAAUUAUUCAAUAUAAUUUUCUUUUCCUUGGUGUGUAUACAUACAAAUUGUGUGAAAAUUAAUUUUCUUGUUGCAAGAUUGGUAGAAUUUUCUUAAAGCCUAAAUAAAGAAGUCAACAUAUAACUGGGAGCUGUAUUUAUACACACAUUUUAUUUUCCUGUUCUAAUUUAUUUGUAUUUUUUUGAUGUAUAUAUAUAUAUAUAUAUCUAAAAAUAAUUUUAAUAUUUUCAAUAUUAGUAAAUAUUGCUUAUAUUUACUAGAUGUUUAAUUACUUUCAGAUAUCCUACAGUAGUCGCAAAAUACACAUUUCAUAAAUGUUAAAAUUUCAUAUUUUCUGUAACGCUUGUAAAAUAUAGAAACAUAAUAUUUCUUUUAUUACAUUAUAUAAAAAUAAAAUAAAAUAUAUAUUAUAUAUAUAUAUAUAUAUAUCUGUACAAGUUAUAUUUGUAAGACUUAAUCAAAAGUAAAAAAAAGUUAUAUGUGUAUAUACAGUGUGUAAUUGUACUAUUUAACAAAUGUAAGUAAUAACUUUUUUUUCUAUUAUAUUUUCAAUUAUUAUUAUUUUUUUUUAAUAAUUACUUAUUAGAGUUUUGCAUUAUAUUUUUUUAUGUAUUAUUUUUAUAUUAUCCAAGAUUAAUUUAUUUUGAAUUCUUAAAUAUUAAUAUUUAACUAAAAAGUAACUUUUAGUGCCAAGAUUUAAUUAUACAUUUUUUUUUUAAAAAAAUCUUGAAAAUAUUCAAUUGAAAGAAAUUUAUUACAAUUGUUAAAUAUCCCUGUACACCCUGUAUAUAUAUAUAUUCAACAAAAGCAUACUUGAAUUCUGGUAAAAAAAUUAUCUCACAUACAAACCUAAAAUCAAUAUAACUUGUACUCAUAUUAAAUGUUGAUUUUAAUUUUUUUAAAUAUUUCUACUUAAUUAUUUUUUGUUUAUAUUUAAAUUUAACUUAGUUAAAUUUCAUAAUGUGGUAUAAACUUUAUGCGAUGACUGUAGGGUGAACAAAAUUCCAUUGUUUUUGUUGCAAUUUAUUUUGUUCUUAUUUAUUUUUAUUUGUAAUUGUCUAAUGCAACAAAUUCAGUGGUUGUUAAUGUUAAUCCAAGCGCAAAUAUAGAGCACAGAUUUAUUUUAUAACUUGCGUUUUCGCAGAUACUUUCCACAGCUGACCGCCGGGUGAGUUGCCCUCGGUUUGAAUUGUGGAGAGGAAAGCGAACGUGGUGGACAACUGAAAUUGAUGGUCGUCACGUCAAGAACACUUUUGGACCCCUUAAAAAUUAUAUUGUAACAUGAUUUAACCAAAAAUAUGCUAUGAGAUUGUGUUUCCCUCCAAAAACAUGUUAGGGUCUGUCAAAAAAAAAAAAAUAAUAAUAAUAAAAAAAAAAAUAUAAAAAAUUACCAAACUAAGAGGUAUAGUAUAAACCAAUGUGCAUAAUAUAUUAUGUGCUCUAAUUUAGUGAUUAUACUUAACCAUGAAAGUUUUGUAUCAAGCGAACACAAAAUUUACAGACAACGUGGUAAUGGUUUUUGUACAGUGUCCUACACAAAGGGAAUUCAAGAUAGCAAAUAAUUUCUGAAGAUGCCAUAUGAACCAUUUGUUGGUUAUUCUACAUCCUACAAGGUACAACUAUAUUUGUAGACGUUUAUAAACAGAAUUUGGAUAAAUUCAGAACGUUGAAGUGAAUUUGAUUUUCAUAUUUUUGUUUGAAGGUGAAUGUUAAUUGUUUAAACAGUUAAUGAAAUAUGGACAAACCAUGCUUAAAGUUUUUAAUUAGUGAACUUUUAAAUGCGCGUGGAAUCAAGUCAAGAAUUCAAACCAUUUAAUAGCAGAAAACAUUUAACAAUAAAUUGUUAAUCCUUGUACUUUUAGGUUAUUAAUUUAUGUUUUGGAUUAGGGGUUUAUGACAAAAAUGGUAUAUUUAAAAUUAAGCAUUUGACAUUAUAUUUUUAUUUACAAAAUAUAAUUACAGAAAAUAAACAAACUUCGUAAGUUUUUGCUGGGUUCUACCAAAAUAAUGUCAAUAACCGCCUGAUCAACUAUUAAUCAAAUUAUAUAUUUAUUUAUUUGUUAAUUAAGAUUUCAUUAAUUCACAAGAAGUACAUUUUAAAAGAAUUGCUCAAUUUAUAUUUUUAUUUUAAUUUAAUUAUUUUACAAUGACCAUUAAAAGAAUUUUAAUAACAAAAUUUAGCUAUAUUUAUCUGUAUUCAAGCUGAUUAUUUCAGAUUUUUAUUAAAUUUUAAAAUAAAAUUAUAUAGUGGAAUUUAUUUUAACCAUUGUUAAAUAUAUUUUGAUUGCCAUAAAUAUUCAGUGGGACCAAACAUUAACAUUCAUAAAAUAACAAAAAAAAAAAUUAUUAAUGAAUUAUCUAAAACAUUUUUAUAAUUGUUAGCUUUAAGUGUACAUUUUAUAUUAUGAAAAUUUAAAAAAAAAAAAAAAUAAUUUUAUUUUACGUUAAACAAAUUAAUUAAUUUCAAUUAACUAUUAGUUUUGACUUAUAAUAAAUACAUUUAAAUAAUCGUCUGAUUGCUUUAUUUUAUUUUAUUUUUUAAAUAUAAUUUUUGAUUAAAAUCCUCAUACUUUUCAUACUUACAAUUAUUAAUACUUCACACUAAUUGAUAAACAAUUUAGUCAGUUGUGGUUGAUCAUACUAUUUAUUAUUUACCCAUGGAUCACUAGUCCAAAACAAGCCACAAAAAUACCCCGCCCCUGUUGCAGAUUGAUUUCGCCGCUGGUACUUGAUCAGAAUUAUGUACAGAAAAAGACGCAGGUAAUAAAAGCGGAACGACGUGUGCUCAAGGAGCUUGGCUUUUGCGUGCAUGUUAAACACCCACAUAAACUCAUUGUCAUGUACCUACAGGCACUGGGAUUUGAAAAACAUCAAUCAAUAAUGCAGAUGUCCUGGAACUACAUGAAUGAUUCAUUACAAACAGACGUAUUUGUACAAUAUGAUCCAGAAACUAUUGCUUGUGCCUGUAUAUAUUUAUCGGCCAGGAAAUUACAUAUACCAUUACCAAAAAGUCCAGCUUGGUACUCGUUAUUCAAUGCAAACGAAAUGGAUAUUCAGGACAUCUGUCGCAAAAUACUUAAACUUUAUCUUAGAGCAAAGGUUAGUACACAACUAUAAUGUAUUUUCAAUGUUUAUAUUUUUCUUUUUUUAUUUCAGGUCAUUACUGAAGACUUGGAAAAACGAGUGGAGGAAUUAAAGAAAGAGUAUGAUCAUGCUAGAGAAAAAGCAAAAGCAACCAUUGUUGCUAAUACUAUGCAAAUCAAUGUUGUAACACCUCCUACGAGUAAUGGCACUACUGUCAUUGUUCAAGAGAAUAUUGAUUCAACCACCCCAAACAAGUAUUUAUUUGUCUUGUCUUUAUUCAGAUUAAAAUAUCAGUUUAAUUAUUUGUUUAUUUUACAGAAAACCAAUUAAAAAGAGGAGUAGAAGUAGAACACCUUCAGAAACUAAGUCUGGAAGUAGAAGUCCAAGACACUUAAAGAAAUCAAAAAAGAGAAAGUAAAAACAAUUUAUUUAUUUAUAAACUUACAAUUAUUUAUUGAGUAUUGGUAUCUAAAUUCAAAGAGUUUGGUGUUAGUUUAUUGUACCAAAUUGAAAAGGCAAUUUUAUUCUGUAUGUCUCUUCCAUGCAUGAUAUCUAUUCCAAUAAAAUACAAUAGUCUCUAUACUAUGGUAUAAUACACAGAUAUUCUUUCCUGACAGUGACACGAAUACACACAUUUUAAAUGAAAUACAUAUAUUGCACGAUGUAAACAGAUUUGAAGAUGUCCCCUUCUUAUAAAUGACAUCAGUACUUCAUAUAGUUAAAUUUAGAAGAUAAUACCUAAUUAACAGAGUUUUGACUUAUGAAAAAUAUCAAUAAUUAGUAACCUAUUAAAAAAGAAAAAAAAAUUGCAAUAAAGUUCAAUAAAAAAGAUACUACUUGAAUGUUUAAAGUAAUUUGAUUAAUAUACUGUUUGCAACCUAUUCUGAUUGAAAUUUAGUUCCAUUUUUUAAUCAAAUUUAAUUUAUUUGUGACAGAAAUAUUUUACAAUUGUUGAUGAAUUUAACUAAUUUUAUCAUACAUUGAUAAAAAAAAAUUACAAAACAUUUUUAUUUACUUUUGAAUUAGCCUGUCAUUUUGUAUACUAUGAAAAAAUUAAUAUACUGUAGUUAUAAUUUAAUGUAUUAUCUUAAUAAUAUUAUAUUGUUCUUCUUUUAUGUCCUUAUCCAAACUAUUUGAGGUUAGCCACCCUCAUCCUAAACUUAAUAUAAUCCUUCACAUCCUUCUUACAAAAACCAGCUGUUGCUGUUGUAUAUUCUUGAAAGUCUAUCCAACCACCUGUUUUUCGUUAUUCCUUUUUCUUAUGUUUAUUUUCAUUACCAUUCUAAUUGCUACUGAUUCUUCUUGUAUGACAGGUCAAAACCAGUCUGUUAAUUUGUUCUCUCAAUAUUAUAUGAUAGAGUCAAAAUAUAUUAUUUUAUGUAAAAUCUAUAGACGGAGCAUAUUAUGUAGUCUGUAUAUAGUGGUAUUCCAGUAGUCUUACUAAAAUACAUACAAGUUAUAGCGAUAUAUCUAUCUGCAUCCUGGGUGCACCAUUUAUUGGUAUAAGGUCUAUGGUUGAGAUAAACUUUAAAAUGAUUUUAAGUAUAGUAAAUAAUUAAUAACUAUUAUAAUAGUUCAAUAAGUAUUAUGGGUUCAUGACAGUCAAUGGAUGUAGAUAGUACAUUAUGCAAAAUCUAAAAAGUAUAACAAGUCAAAUAUAAAAUUCCAAUGAAACAAAAUUAACCUUUACUAUUUUGAAAUAUUAUGUUCAAAGUCAACAAUUUUAUUCAAAUAAUAUUUACAAAACAUAUUAAUUUUAUUUUUGAACUAUGUAUAAUUUUAGCCAUGAUCGUUCUCGUUCAAAAUCUUUAUCUGAUAGAAGAUCUCAUAAACACCAUAGAAAAUCAAACAAAGGCCGUAAACGAUAUUCAAGUUCAUCAUCUGCUUCUUCUAGUUCCUCAGAUUAUCGUCGUCAUAAAUCUAAGUGAGUUUCAAUAUUUAUUUUGUGUGUUAAAUGUUAACUAUUAGGUGUACAUUUUUAUUUAGAAAUUAAUUGUACUGUAAUAAGGUACCUAUUAAAUUAUUAAUGUAUUUUUGAUUUUUUAAAUGCUUUAAGUUAAUGUUUUGGGUUUCACAUUAUAAUUUUGUUGACUAUUUUGUUUAUUUUCAUAUUGAUUUUCCAUAGUAGUAAUUGUUUUAUUUUUCAGAUUAGUAAAUACAUUCAGAGACUACAAAGACAAAGAUUAUAAAGAAUAUAGGGAUUAUCGAGGUGAAGAAAAUUACAAAUCUAAGUCAAGAAGUUAUAACUACUGGAAAAAAUUUUAUGGCGAAUAGUGUUCUUAUUUAAUAUAUUUACAAUAUGUAAUAUUAAAACAUUGCUUGUAUUUCAAGCUAUGUGCAUUUUAUUUAUAUAUUAUUAUACCUAUAUGUGUAUAUAUUAUUUUUUAUUUUUUCAGACAGGGUUUACUUACCAUUACGAUGAAUACAUUAAUUGUACGUGUGUGAGUGUGUAUAUUUAUAUAUAUAUAUAUACACAAAUAUAUACAUAUAUAUACUAAUCAUAGAGAUAUGUGAACAUUUUUUUUUUUACUUGAUACCAUCUAUAUUUAAAAGUAAAAAUAGCCAAUAAGUACAUACUUGUUAUUUAUGAAUAUAGUUCUUUUAAGACUAGAUUAAAAAAUAAAUCAAUCAAUUGUGAUAAAAAAAUUUGUAUUGUAUAAACUUGACAUUUUUAAUCUUAUAACAUGUACCAUUACUAUUUGUACAUGUACUGAUUGUCCAAUAUUAAAAUAUUUUAUUAUAAACUAGUUUCUUUUUAACAAGAUAUUAUUCAUGACACUAUUAUAAUAUCUCAGUAUACUAUACCUUCCUAUACUAACUAUAUUUGAGACUUAAUAUGAUGUCUUGUUUGUUUUUUUUCUUUUUCUUUUUAAUUAGUAGUAAUACAUUUUGAAGGACUUCUACUAGGCCCUAUCCACCAUAACUAUUCUAGGUUUGUAAGUUGUGUUAAAUAGAGUUCUUAAAUAACCUUUUCCAGCUUUUUCUUUCAUAUUUUCUUCCAUUCAUUGUUUCUCAUUCUAAACCUUAAGUAAAAUAUCUUUAAUUUCUCUGCAAAGAAUUUUUCAGUUUUAUUCAGCA